CGCAAACACUUUAGCCACAAAAUUUUCUUUUCUCUUUUUUUUUUAAACAUCUUAUCAUGGUGUACAUGAGAAAGUCUUGCUACAAGUGUGGCAACCGUAAGUGAACUGUUUGUCUAUGCUCUUGCUCAGUAUGAAUUAGUUGGCCACUUUGCUAGUGCUUGUUCCGAAGCAGAUCGUCUUUGUUAUAACUGUAAACAACCUGGACAUUUGUCUACAGAAUGCACUGAACCUAAGCAUGUUCAACCUAAGCAAUGCUUUAAUUGUGGCGAAUCUGACCACCUUGCUGCUCAAUGCCCCACACCCCGUACACAGUCAGCGUCUCAAGACAAAGGAAAACGCUGCUUCAAUUGUCAAAAGUUUGCAAGUAUUAUCCCCCUCCCCUCUCUCCUCUCACUUCAUGCCGUAUGCUGAUAUAUUACUUAGGGACAUAUUGCAAAGGAAUGUACGGACGAAGCUCAACCUCGGGCACCUCGUUUCCGUUCAGAAAAGAGCUAUAAGCCAGUGAUUUGUGAUCAUUGUGGUGGAGCCAACCAUUUUGCAAAGGACUGUCAAGCAAGUGACAUUCUCUGUUAUAACUGUGAGAAGCACGGACAUAUUGCUCGUGACUGCCCAGUCUCAAAAAAGACGAAGAAGACAUGUUAUUUAUGUGGAAAACCAGGACAUCUUGCUCGUAAUUGCUUUACUGCUAAAAGAGAAAGAGAUGAAGAAGAGUCUGAAGAAAGUGAUUCUGAAGAAGAAGAAGUAACAACAGACUCAGAAGAAGAAGAGGAAGAAGAAAGUAGUGAGAGUGAUAUUGCUGCUUAAAAUUUUGAAUAAACUUUUAUUUACAUCUAAAAAGAAAA